GGGUGAGUGAAAGGGUGACUAUUUUCUUCCUUUUAUACUCAGAGCAUACUGAAUUGAAUGGCUUGUCUGGAAAGCUUUAGAUAACAUACUACUUAAUGCUUAGGGAACACUAAAUGGUUUUAUUUUGGUUAGCUCAUUUAUAAUCCAAAGAGGGUGUUGUGAUAUUGGCUUUGCUAAAGCUUCAUAACCAAUGGGAAUGCUUUUUGAGUUGGUGUAGUGUGUCCUCAAUGCUGGAAUAAUCCUGCUGGCCAGGACCCUGGAGCUGCACAAGACAGAAGAGAGUGCAGGAAACGGUUGUUUACACGUGCGUACCAUUGAGAAGCUAGAGCAACUCCACAAGUCCAGAGGGCCUUAAAAGAUAAAAUCAAUUUUUGAUUCUGUUCAUCAAUUAUUGGAGAAGCCACAAAUCUUCUAGAUGCAACAGUCAUCAAUAAAUCCACACUGUGACAAGGUGGUGCCUGCCUCCUUCCCCAGAGAUCCCAUUAAUUCCUGCUUUCAGCAUUAUGGACUGCAAUCUCAUGCCAGGCACAGUAACAGAGCUCACUCAUUCAGCACCAACAGCUGGGACAUUUGCAAAGAACUUCAGCUCUGGGAACUUGAAGAAGUCAAGGCUAGAGCAGCUCAGAUGGAAAAGACCAUGCGAUGGUGGUCAGAUUGUACUGCAAACUGGAGAGAAAAAUGGAGUAAAGUUCGAGCAGAAAGGAACAGUGCCAGGGAGGAAGCGAGACAACUCAGAAUAAAAUUAGAGAUGACAGUGAGGGAGUUGAAUGCACUUAAACAGAAACAAAAGCCGUCACUUCAAAAGGAGGCAUCAGAAGCUAACAUCACCCAGAACCUGGAGCUUUCUGCUACUGUAGACAUGUCCUACGAAAAUAAAGCCCAGUGUCAGGCUACUUCACAAAUGUACGAAUUUACUGGAGAGUGUUUGGUGAGAAGACAAUUUCCUAGAGAGGAGAACACAAAUAGUAAGGAAGGUGUGGUCAUUGACCUUUAUAAAUUAAAUGAGGACAUGAAGAGCAAUUCAGAUUUUACUGAUUUACUCAAGACUAUUGGUUCUGGAAACUGUGCCAUGGUCCCUGGACUCAGACUGCAUGCGAGAAACCUGCCUUUAAUGGAGGAAGGAACUAAAAUUUCAGCGUUGCAGACCCAUUUGAAUAAGUUCCAGCAAACCUUGUGGAAAGAAAGAGCAAUGCGUGCAGCUUUGGAAAAAGAAAUAGAGCAAAUGGAGUCAGCUUUGUCUCUGUGGAAAUGGAAAUAUGAAGAACUGAAGGGGUCAAGGGCAUCACAUGGGAAAGAGUUUGACAUUCUUCAUGAGCUACAUGAAAAUGAAAUGGAACAAGCAUCAGUAAAUAUAAAAGAAGAAUCUAAUUAUCAGAACAGCAAUGAUAGAAUCAUCUAUGAGUUGAAAUCAGAGCUAGAGAGACUGCAAGCAGAAAGUACCUCAGGGUGGGACAGCACAAAAUUACUUCAAACAGAAAAGCAAGGACUGGAGAGAGAAAACAGAAGACUGAAAGACCAGUUGAAAGAAAUGGAAAAGCUCUUGGACAGGAAAAGCAGAUUAAAUACAAAUUUUCAAGAUCCUGAUUUCAAGACAUCGCAAGUUGAUCUGCAAGAUGAGAGCAAGGUGUGGUGCUCUUGGAAACGCCUGUUUUCUUACUGUGCGCUUCCUUCUGAUGCCUAGGUGGACCUGCUUUUGCCCUUGUCUACCUCCAAAUCCGAAUAUUUCUCUUUGUACCUGACAGCUAGCUCUUUUUUCUAUUGUAAUAAAAAUAGCGUUGCUCAUAUAUCUGAAAUACAGUGUAACAAAUUUUGGAUGAAAAUAUGACACAAGAAGACAAAUGAAUCUUGAUUUAAUUUUGUUUUCUUUAUAGCCUUGUGUUAGCACUAUCAAAACUAUUAUCUUGUUUCCAAUAAAUAUGCUUAUCCACUAUGCUGAGCAACCUGACAACAGCAUUUAUUGUUGUUUAUAAGUAUUCACAUAAACACUUAAAUUUACCAGAGACUUUCUGUUCUUUGAUGUCUUGUCUCAGAAUCAUUAGAGUCAAUUAAAUGUACCUGUUUUUGCAAACAAUUAUUAUAAUUAUGAUAAAAAUGUGAAAAACAGUAUCAAAUUUUAAAAAUUAACUUUGGAAUAUCUAGGUUGUUUAGAUAUUAUCACUUUAAGCCAAUAGAGAUGGGGAUAGAAAUUUUUUUCAUUUUUAAAUAAGCAAUUUGAAGAUUUUUAAAUGUACUUCCAGUGAUCGACUUAAAGUUAUAAAUUUGUGGUUUAUUAUAAAUAUGUUGUAAUAUAUAUACAGCUUGUUUCCAAGUUCUGGCAUUAAAGUAUCUACAGUAUCUAAAUAUAGAAUUCUUUUUUAUUCAGUUGAUUUAAAAAUCUUUAGAAUUCACUAAUAGCUUCAUAAUUGUGAAUCAUAUGAAUUUUUUAUACUCAUAUGAAAUAUAAAAGCUAAAUGGCCAAAAACAUUUAAGUGCCAAUUUUCCCAAUUCUUUUAUGAGUUUUAAGUUUUAUUACAAAUCCAAGGUUAAAAUGCAUCAGUGCUUCAUGACUUGACAAUAUAAAUAUCUAAAGGUAAAUGUCAUUGUCAGUGAUACUGGUAUGGUUUAGAUUCAUCAUCUGUUCAAAUAUUGUAUUUGUAUCUCACAAAUCUGUAGAGAAACUUUUUCCACAUUUCUUAACAGAAGUAUGUAAUGUAGACUGGUUAUAAAAAAUACACUUUCCUAUUUGAUUUACUUAGGACAAACAAUAAUUAUAACAUUUGUCUGUCAGCAGCUACUCUCCAUGCUCAAAUGGAAAGAUAAAUGACUUACCAACCGUACUGGAUGUGGGCUUGGAGUCCAUACAGGCAGAUGCACUUGCAGAUUGCAAUCAAUAACAUAUCAGAAUGAUUCUUAAGAAUAAAGUGAAAUAGGAACAUGGAUGAAGAAGUAGUUCAUUCUCCUUAAUUUGAGACCUUACUAACUGUAGUAAAAUGCCAGGGUAGAAGACAUUUCAGUCAGGGGAGAUGAGGGCUUAUGGCAGCUCUUCGGAGCUGCUGUAGGUGAUACUGGCAUAUCUUGUCACGAGGGUGCACCAAGAUCAGGCCUGCACUCCUUGGGACUACUGCUGUUCUUUGGUCUGUAAUGGGGCUUACUGUGGAAAUGCAGGAUUCUGGAAAGUCUAGCCAAAAUGGAAGCUCGGUCUGUUCAACACUUAAAAGACUGUAAGAUUGUCUAAGUGUUUAUCAGUUUGAUGUUGACAGUUUGAUGUUUGAUGGUGACUUUUAUCUAUUUCAUUGAGAAUACAGAUUCCUAAAACCAACAUAAUGGCUUACUAUGUAGCUGUUAAAAAUCAAAAUUCUAAUACCACAAAAACUUGAAAUGUCAAGAUUCAGGUGUCCCCAAAUGUCAAACAAACCAAUGAUGUGCAAAAAGAAGUGAAAAUCCAAAGAUUAAGGUAGAUUUUUAUCAUAAUAAAAAACAUGGUGGCAGUUUAGCAUCGUAUAUAUGACAUUGUGUGUGUGUGUGUGUGUGUAUAUAUAUAUAUAUAUAUAUAUAUAUAUGUGUGUGUGUGUGUAUACAUAUAUAUGUACUUAAAUAUCAUAUAUUAGUACAUUGUCUCUUGUCUUUUCUGUCUCUAUAUCUCUCUGUAUUUUAUGUAACCAUCUGUGUGUACCAUAUAUGAGUAUCACAUAUAGAUAUAUGAAUAUACAUAUCACAUGUGUAUACUGUGUCUAUGUAUGUCUACAUUUGUAUGUAAAUAUUCUACCUGAGUGAGUUAUCACAUGGAAUGAACUACUACAGACAUCACACACUUGUCUCUAUUUAAAGGGAAGUAUGAUCUCUUACUAUGUAUAUUUAUAUCUAAUCAUAUUUACCAUAAGUUUGUGGCAGACACAAAACUACUUGCUACUUAAGGGACAUUAAUAAUGUCUUGAUUCAUUCAAUACAUUUUUAUGAAUCCCCACUAAUACAAAAAGUGAGGAUUUUUUCACUUCAUUUAUUUGACUUCCAUGUUACAGGAGAUAGAUUUUUAAGAAAAGUGAAUGUCAAUUUUAAACUACACAGUUUUUCAAAAGCAAAGAUUACUUUUAUGUAAAUGACCUUAUACAUUUAAUCUCCAUUUGAUAGUUAUGUUUAUGUAAUAUACAUAUGUAAUAUACAUUGUAAAUUAAGGAAAACAGUGGUGCAUCUGACUUUUUGUAGUAGACUGGAAUAUUAUAACUUGAGUAGUAACAUUUUUAAAGCAUAAAUCACUAUCGUAGACUUUUCUAAAACAAUCUCUGCAUGUUGACUCUGAUUUGUUGUAGCUUCUGAAAAUAGUGAUAUUGUUGCAUUGUUCUAUGGCAUUAGUGUGGUUCACAAAAUGAUGGCAUCAGAUAGGCGAACUUCAAUGUCAUUAUUUAUCGGAAUGCAGUCUUCAUCUUAAAUGAUUACAAAGACAUUUGAAAAUUAGCCUUAUAAAAACAAAAGUAAGUCACAGUAUAUAUUUUAAUGAAAUUAUGAAUAUGUAUUUGAACCUUUUACUCUGUGGCCAUUAGUAAAUUAUGUCCUUGGUAUAUACUUAUUAGGAUGCAUAAUUUAUUCAACAUUUUUAAAGAACUCAAUUUAUAUUUAUGCAUAUGGAUAAGCAGACAUUUACAAUAAUUAAUAUGAUUUAAUGUUUAUAAAAACUUAUAGUACAUCCAGAAAUUAAAUUCACUAGCAUUAGCUAUUUGUUGGAAACUUUUCUUGGUUUUCUUUUAUAAUAUUUUGGUAAAUAAAAAUUCUUACAAAAUUAUAGCAAUAUGAAAAAUAGCGUGUAUAUGUCACUUUGUAAUGUGUAAAAAAACUGCAAAUGUUUGGUCUUUGGCUCUUAAGUUUUGAAUUUCUAUGUGGUGGUUUAUAAAAUAUAUUAGCACAGUAAAUAUCUAUAUAAUAUUAUUAAAGAUAAAUAAAGAAAAUGGACACAUGCCAAC